AUGGCGCGCGCCGCCGCCUCAAGGCUCGCCGCCGCCGCCGCGACCUCCUCGAAGUCGAAGUUCGAGGGGUUCUCCCGCCACCUCGCCGCCGCCUCGUCAGCGUGGGGUGCCCCGUCGCGGCUUCCCGAUCCAGUGAGGGAGAGGAGGAGCCCAAGCUGGUGGUGCCCGAGCAGGUCGUUCCAUGCCACAAUGAGGGUGGAUGCAAGGGAUUACUACGAUGUGCUCGGGGUGAGCUCGGACGCCUCUGCAUCAGACAUAAAGAAGGCAUAUUAUGGGCUUGCAAAGAAGUUCCAUCCUGAUACUAAUAAAGAUGAUACUGGCGCAGAAAAAAAAUUCCAGGAAGUUAACCGGGCCUAUGAGGUUUUGAAGGAUGAUGAUAAGCGUGAAACAUAUGAUCAGCUUGGAGUUGAAGCUUUUGAACGCCAAGCAUCGGGUGGUGGCCCAGAUGGUUUCCCUGGGGGCGGUGAGGGCUUUAAUGGCGAUAAUCCAUUUAAUGAUAUUUUCGGUGAUAUUUUUGACAGUGCGUUCACUUCAAGAGGGGGCCAAGAUGUUAAGAUUCCUGUUGAAUUGUCGUUCAUGGAAGCUGUCCAAGGAUGCAGAAAAACUGUUACAUAUGAGACUGAUGUUCUCUGUGGAACUUGCAAUGGAAGUGGUGUUCCUCCUGGCACUGUACCUCAAACAUGUAAAGCUUGUAGAGGGGCUGGUGUGAUAUUCUAUCAGAAGGGUAUAUUGAGUCUUGAAUCUACUUGCUCUCGGUGCGGUGGAAGUGGCAAAGUCGCGAAGAAUUUUUGCAAGACAUGUAAGGGUGAACAGCUAGUCAAGGGGAAAAAAUCAGUCAAGCUUGACAUAAUGGCUGGAAUUGAUGACAAUGAGAUUAUGAAGGUUCGUGGUCAGGGUGGUGCAGAUGUUGAGCGCAAUAAACCUGGUGACCUUUUUUUAACUAUCAAGGUCAGAGAGGAUCCUAUCUUCCGUCGAGAAGGCAACCACGUGCAUGUUGAUGCCAUUCUAAGCAUGGCCCAGGCUGUGCUAGGUGGAACCGUGACAAUACCAACCCUCACCGGAAAUGUUUCAGUCAAGGUUCGCCAAGGUACCCAACCAGGAGAGAAGGUUGUCCUGCGUGGCAAAGGAAUAAAGGCGAAAAAUUCGUCAUCUUAUGGGAAUCAUUAUGUCCAUUUCAACAUCAGAGUCCCAACGGAGCUGACACCACGGCAACGGGAGCUGAUGGAGGAGUUCGAUAAAGAGGAGAGCAACGAUGGGGUGAGAGUUGCCGCUGCCUCUGGAUGAAAUUUUGUGCUCCUUAUUCAUUGAUUAUUGGCACACAUAAUAAGUCAGAUAGUCCUGAUCGAAGGGCGAAUACCCAUGAAUGUUUGUAGGCGUUAGAUGGUAUGAGUUUUGCCUUGUAUAAUAACCGAUAAGCCUAUAUUACUGUAAACUUCUGAAAUAUAGUCACUGACAACAUUGUAACAACAGUCGGAAAACAUUGUUUUGGGAUUAGACUA